AAGUCUUCACCAAUCCCCAGUGGCCUCUUUGUAUUGAGGAUCCAGAGAGUUGCGCCUCAUUGGUGGGCAUGUGAAUGAGAGCAUGCUAAGACUCAGAGAGCCACAGACAGACUGUGUAGACACUCUGGAGGAUGCUUGAGUAACACACCGUAAUCAUGCCAGCUUGCCCACUAUCACAAUGACAUCCAAGUAUGGAUAUGGAUCUUACUGUUUUGGGUUCAAUGUGGCUCAGAUUAGCAUGUGUCUUGUUUCUUCUUCUACAGUGGACAGAAAAUUUAACACUUCCCAAGACCUCAACGCUCUGCCUGGAUGAGCCUUGCCAAAACAGGGCAGAGUGCAGGGAAGCCCCAUCUGACUUCCUGUGCCAGUGUAAGUCCCCUGCGCCAGUCCUGCCCAGCACGCGUUGUGAUUCUUCCAGUGCGCUCUGCCAACUGUCCAUCUGCCAGGACAAUGCGACGUGUCAGCCCACCGGUGCCCACCCGGGGGAACUAGUUUGCCAGUGUGAGCCCGGCUUGUUGGGGCAGGAAUGUCAUACCAGUGCCCAGCUCUGCGCUCAGGGGCUGUGUGGGGACACUCCCCAAUGUCUGGCAGUGCAAGACAGGAGCCCGGGGUACGCAUGCAUCUGUCAAGAGGGUUACACCGGGAGUUCUUGUGAGAAAAAGGUGGACCACUGCUCCCCCAACCCCUGCCGCAACCGCGCCAUCUGCCGCAGCAGAAGGGAUGGCCCCACCUGCUUCUGCGUGCCGGGAUUCCAGGGUAAACACUGCGAGAUCGAGGUGAAUGAAUGCGUGUCGUGGCCCUGCAGGAACGGAGCCACCUGUCUGGACAAGAUCGGGCACUACAUCUGUCUCUGCAGGCCUGGAUACACGGGUAGCAGCUGUGAGGUUCAGAUUGAUGAGUGUCAAUCACAGCCCUGUCUCCACGGCGGCAGUUGCCAUGACCACAUCAAUGGCUUCUCGUGCACCUGCCUGGCAGGCUUUCAGGGGGAGCGCUGUGAAACCAACAUCGAUGAAUGCAGUGACCAGCCAUGCCAAAAUGGGGCUCUGUGUGUGGAUGAAAUAAACAGCUACCGCUGUGACUGCUCACAAACUAACUUUACUGGUGUUCACUGUGAGAUCCCGCCUCCUCCCUGCUGGUCUCAACCCUGCCUCAACGGCGCCCUCUGUGAGGAUGAAAAUGGGAACUACACCUGCAGUUGCUGGCCAGGUUUUGAGGGUCUUAACUGUGAGACAGACGUUGGUGAGUGUGAUAGCAGUCCCUGUGUGAAUGAAGGCACUUGUAUUGAGCUCUCUUGGAAGACACUUUAUGGCACUGAGCCCUGGCUUCCUACACGAUACAACCCCAGGCAUGCUUCUGGCUUCAUCUGCAAGUGUCCACCAGGAUUUUCAGGUGCCUUGUGCGAAGAAAAUACCACUGCUUGUACCACCAAUCCGUGUCAUAAUGGAGCCAUAUGCGAGGACUUCCUGGGCAGCUACAAGUGCAUCUGCCUGUCUGAAAGCCAAGAUGGAAUUCUCUAUGGUGGCCACAACUGUAGUGAGCCCCUGGUUGGUUGCGAGGGUCACGAGUGCCAGAACGGGGCAGCCUGCAUGCCCUUCCUGAGCGAAGGUGUACAUGGCUACAGUUGCAUCUGUCAGCCUGGCUACACCGGCUCUUACUGCCAGUCGCCCACCGUAUUCUCCUUCGAGACAACUGGAGGAUUCCUGCACCUGCAGACCCCGCUGCUGGGUGCAGAAACAUACUUUAAUAUCACGCUAAGCUUUCGCACGGUGCUGAAGAACACAUUGCUCUUUCGGAGGGGCAGCGAAGGGGUCAUACUCAGCCUGGAGCUGCAGGAGACUCACCUGCUUCUUGAUCUUAGGAGUGACCCUCAGCCAAACGCAACCAGCUGGACUCUGACAUUGCCUCAGGAUGUAUCUGAUGGUGAAUGGCACACUGUAGAGGCUGUGCUUGGAGAGGGUACCCUGCUGCUACAACUGGAGCCAUGCCAGGAUGGAGAUAACUGUAGUGCAACAGCCCAAGUAGAGACCGGUGCCCUUGAGCUGGAGUCAGCCCUGCAAAGCACCUUUGUUGGAAGAUCAAAUGAGGGAGGGGGCUCUGGCUCAUUCAUAGGCUGCAUGAGGGACUUGUUUGUGGACUCACAGCUGAUGGUACCAGAGGACUGGUUGAGCAGCUCAGUGGUAAAUGUCAAGCAAGGCUGCAGCCAUCAUGACCGAUGCCUUUCUGGUCCAUGCGAGAACCUUGGAAAGUGUGUUAACCUUUGGCUAGGUUACCAGUGCUUAUGUCUACGACCAUAUGUGGGUCAAAACUGUGCUGAGGAGUACGUUACUGCUAGAUUUGGCCAGGAAGACUCCGCAAGCUAUGCCAUCUUCACCAUCACCGACCAACUGGAAUCAGAUACGCUCUAUCUGUCCAUGUUCUUGCGUACACGGAAGGAGUCUGGUCUUUUGGUGCUGCUUGCCAACAGCACCACUGAGUACUUGAAGAUGUGGCUGGAAAAGGGAAAACUCAUGGUGCAAGUCAACAGCUUGAAGACUUUAAUGGGUAAAAGUGUGGUUAAUAAUGGUGAGAUCCAUUUUGUCGGCAUCACCAUUAAGGAGGGUAUGAUGACUCUGCAGGAGUCAGAUCAUGAAUUCAGAGCAACAGAUGUUCAACCUGUUUCCCUUCAGCUUGAGGAUGUGGUCUAUGUUGGAGGACUGCUUAAUGGGCAAGAGACAUCUGCCUUUGGUGGUUAUUUUAAAGGGUGCUUACAAGACUUGCAGCUCAAUGAGAGGAAGCUAGAAUUUUUCCCACUUGAUGCUUCUGUGAUGUCAUACAGACCUGACCGCAUGGUUGACGUUACCCCAGGCUGCACCAGUGAUGACUCUUGCUCUAAAAAUCCUUGCCAGAAUGGUGGUAUGUGCUCCUCUCUAUGGGAUGACUUCACAUGCAACUGUCCUCCUAGCACAGAAGGGCAGCACUGUGAGGAGGUGAGAUGGUGCGAAUUCACCCCCUGCCCACCACAAGCAACAUGCCGGACCCUCAACCAGAGCUAUGAAUGCAUUUCAAAUGUGACUUUUCAAGACAAUACCACUCUUGUAUACCAUGGGAAUGGGUUGAUCUCCCGCCACCUGACCAGCAUUGUUUUCAGUAUCCGAACACGUAAACACAAUGCAGCAGUGUUACAUGCGGAGAGUGGGUCUGACUUUGUUACGGUAUCCAUUCAAGAUGGCUUUCUGGUGUUAGAGCUUCUUAGUGGACCUUCUUCUUCAUCAUCUUUGUCACCGGUAACCCUACGCAGCCCAAGACCAGUGGCUGAUGGAGAGUGGCAUGCAGUAGAGCUGUUAAUGGCCAGUCCUUGGGCUAACAACUCCCAGUGGAUCAUGGUCCCUCUUGAUGAAAAGGACGAGCCUACUAUAUCUGACGCCAUGACUGGAAAUCUAGACUUCCUCCGAGAAGGCGUUGAUAUCCUUCUAGGAGGACUUGGCCCAGAUUCUGACUGGAAUCUGAUUGGUUGUCUGAGUAAUGUUGAGAUUGGUGGUAUUGUGCUUCCGUAUUAUGGACCUGCCGAGGUAAGAUUCCCACGUACGCAGGAAGAAAAGUUCAAUAAGGUAUCGGAGGAACCUGUCCAAACUGGCUGUGUUGGUGAGGUGGUGUGUGAGCCCAACCCCUGCCUGCAUGGGGGAAUCUGUGACGAUCGCUUCAACCUUUUCCAGUGCUUCUGUCAACCUGGCUGGGACGGUGAUCACUGCGAACUGAAUACAAACACCUGUGCCUCCAAUCCCUGUCAACAUGGACACUGUAGUGUGCAGGACCUUUCAUACAGCUGCAUGUGUGAGAGUGGCUACACCGGCACCAACUGUGAGGUGAAGGUGGACGUAUGUGCCAGUCACAAGUGUGCUAAUGGUGGGACCUGCUUGCGUGGAUUCAGCAGCUAUUCCUGCCUCUGUCCCGACAGGUUUACUGGGCCAUAUUGCAACACUCAGAUUGAAGAGGCUCCGUGGUACGUAGUUGUCAGGAGCGUACCGCCCAAGCUCCCGGUGUCCAUCUGUGGUGAUGAACAGCAGAACUACACAUGUUUCAAUGGGGGGAACUGUUCUGACACCAACAUGAUGUGUGACUGCCUCCCUGGGUUUUCGGGUCACUGGUGUGAACUAGAUCUUGAUGAAUGUAGAUCCAACCCUUGCUUGAAUGGUGGCUACUGCCAGGACAUGGUCAACAAGUUCCAGUGUGUCUGUGAAAUGACCUUCGCCGGCGAGACCUGCGAAGUCGACCUGAGUGCAGAGAACGUGUCGUCUGACCUGUUGCUGUCCAUCAGCCUGGUGUCUGUGGCUCUGUUGUUGGUUCUUUUUGGUGUGGCCACAGCUUUAGUCAUCACGCUGAACCGACGGGCCACACGAGGCACCUACAGCCCCAGUCGACAGGAGAAGGAAGGUUCAAGAGUGGAGAUGUGGAACAUUGUGCAGCCUCCACCAAUGGAGAGACUCAUCUGAGCCAAUCAACCAACGCUCAGUCAGUCAUGUUGUUCAUGGCUUGUUGGUUUUACAAGAAUUUUUCAUUCAUUGAUCAUGUGGCAGCUAUGGUCUGCUAGAUAUAAGUGUUAUAAAUGAUCAUUUUGGUUGGACAAUCUCCCAUUUAUAACAUAAUGUGAUGAACACCUAUUAUUGGUAUAUAAACCUCCGAAGAGCUUUAGGAUUCAUUGAUUGGUAAAUUGUAAAGCGCUCUUAAUAACAGGUGCGUCAAGACAAUGCUGCUCAACAAUCACAGCUAAUCAGAAGAUAUUUAAUAUCUGGUCAGGACUUAUCAAGGUCAUAUGUGACCCUGGGCCACAAAACCAGUCUUAAGUCGCUGAGGUAUAUUUUUAGCAAUAGCCAAAAAAACAUUGUAUGGGUCAAAAUUACAGAUUUUUCUUUUAUGCCAAAAAUCAUUAG